AUGCCUGAAGAAAAAAUGGAGAUUCGCCUAGACGCGGAUGUAUUUCACAAGCGCGCGAGACAUUUCCUCUCAAUUUGGAAGUCUUCGUUAAAUAAAGAGCCAAGCGACGAGAUUUAUCAAGCCUUUCAAGGUGUAAAUUCAAUUCUUGUUGUAGUAGGAGAAAUUAUGGAAGAAUAUCCGUAUCAAAAGUCUACUGCGAUUCAGCAAUGGCUUUUGGGCUAUGAAUUCACGGACACUCUAAUUCUUUUUACUCUAGACAAAAUUCAUUUCAUAGUAAAAGAAAAGAGAGCCGAAGUCUUUGAGCAGUUGAAGCAAGGUGAUCGACAAGUACCUAUUGAAAUUCAUAAGCGAAGUAAAGAUUCAUCCCAUAAUCAGACACUUUUUGAACAAAUUAUUUCCAGGAUUUCAGAGGGUGAACAGGAUAAGACGUCAGGAAAUUUCGUCCAAGAAUGGCAAAAUGCUUACAAUAAUUUCAAACAAGAUUUUAAUGAAGUGGAUAUCGCUCCGGGUAUAGCUUAUGUCUUAGCUGUAAAAGACGAUGAUGAACUGAGAACAACACGCAUGGCGUGCAAAAUAAGCACCGCGAUGAUGUAUUUGUUCAUUAACGUGGUAUCUUCCAUUAUUGAUGAAGAAAAGGAGAUAACGCAUGAACAAUUAUCUGAAGAUGUAGAAAAUAUGUUGUAUACUAAAGACGAAAAAUGGCUUACAAGUCAUAAAAGUCUUCAAGAUGUUGAUUUUAAUCGAACAGACGUGUGCUAUGCUCCAAUCAUACAAAGUGGUGGUGUUUACGAUUUUAAACCUUCCGCCCAAUCUAAUAAUAAUAAGUUGCAUGAUGGAACAAUUCUUUGUUCUCUGGGUGUUCGAUACAAGUCAUACUGUUCGAAUAUUGGUAGAACCAUUCUAAUAGAUCCAACUAAAGAGCAAGAAAAAAAUUAUGAGUUUCUUUUGGAUGUACAACGACGUACAUUGGAAUUAUUGAAAGAAGGUCAAAAGAUCGGAGAUAUAUAUACAAGAGUAAUGAAUUACGUUAAAAGCAAACGUCCUGAUCUCGCUGAUAAGUUUGUCAAAAGCCUUGGGCACGGAAUGGGAAUCGAGUUCCGGGAGUCUGCUUAUAAUUUGAAUCAAAAGAAUACUAAAGAACUCAAGGCCGGCAUGAUGUUAAAUCUGUUUAUUGGAUUUAUAGAUCUUGAAAAUCCCAAAGCCACAGACGAGAAGAGCAAGAUCUAUUCGUUAUGGAUAAUAGACACCGCAAAAGUCAAUAAUAAUACUGCUCAGUUGCUAACAGAAGGCAACAGGACACUAGACAGCAUUUGCUUUUCACUUAAAGAUGACAACGAAAGUGACCAUGAAACAAAGAAACAACCUAAACGGCCCCCAAAGACUUUAGAUAACAAAAGAACUGGUAAUCGGAAGAGUGCAGUGUUGAGAACCAAAUUCCGAAGCGAAGAAAAGGAUGAUGAGUCACAAGAUCAGAGGCGCAAGAAACAUCAAGAAGAAUUGGCAGCUCGGAAACAAGCAGAUGGUCUCGCUAGGUUCAGCGAAAAAUCGAACGAAAAGACCAGUCAACAUAAAGCUGUUUUUAGAGCGUUUGAAAGUUAUAAAAGGGACACUGCAAUUCCGAAAGAAGUCAAGGAUUUGAAGAUUAUUGUAGAUUCAAAGAGUGAAUCAAUUAUUUUACCAGUUUUCGGCUUUGCAGUCCCCUUUCAUAUAUCUACAUUGAAAAACGUGAACAAGUCGGAAGAAGGAGAAUAUGUUUAUCUACGUUUAAAUUUUUUGACUCCAGGUCAAGCUACAGGAAAAAAGGAAGAUAAUCCUUUUGAUGACCCGAGUGCAACUUUUGUUAGGGCUUUCACAUAUCGUAGCACAGAUCAGUUAUUAUCUGAUAUUUAUAAAAAAAUUAUUGAUCUCAAAAAAGCUGCUGCUAAAAGGGAGACCGAAAGGAAGGAGAUGGCAGAUUUGAUAGCUCAAGAUAAGCUGAUUGAGAUUAAAGGUCGCAGACCCACGCAGCGUUUAUCGGACGUGUUUGUACGACCAGGUCUAGAGGGAAAGCGUGUUCCUGGUGAGCUCGAGAUUCAUGAGAACGGAUUGAGAUAUCAUUCACAUCGUACCACUCAAAAAUUAGAUAUUCUGUUUAGCAAUAUUCAGCAUUUGUUCUUCCAGCCUUGUGACAAUGAGCUUAUUGUAUUAUUGCAUAUACAUCUUAAUAAUCCUGUGAUUCAUGGCAAGAAAAAAACAAAGGAUAUACAAUUUUACCGUGAAGCGUCAGAUGUACAAUUUGAUGAAACAGCACUUCUGAACAAAGAAUUCAAGCAGUUUACUGAAAAAGUUGCAGAAGCGAGCGAAGGACGUGUUGAUGUCGAUAUUCCAUUCCGUGAAAUUGGUUUUCAGGGCGUUCCUUUCAGAACUAAUGUCUUGUUACAACCUACAACAGAGUGUCUUGUUCAUCUUACGGAUCCCCCAUUUUUGGUAGUACCACUAGCUGAUAUCGAAAUCGCACAUCUGGAACGCGUUCAGUUUGGAUUAAAAAAUUUCGAUCUUGUGUUUAUUUUUAAAGAUUAUACUCGUCCUCCUGUUCAUAUCAACACCAUUCCUAUGAAUCAAUUAGAAAACGUUAAAGAUUGGUUAGAGUGCAGUAAGCUGCUUACAUUGGCAACCAUUGCUAGCUCUGUAGAUGUAAACUUUUAUGAAGGCACCCAAAAUUUAAAUUGGGCUCAAAUCAUGAAGACAAUCAAUUCCGAUCCAGCAGAUUUUUUUGAACAAGGAGGAUGGUCAUUUUUAAAAUUACACAGUGAGAAUGAAGAUUCAGCUGCAUCUUCGGAUUCUGCAAGUGAAUACAUGCAAAGUGAAGAUUCUUUCGAGGAAAGUUCUAGUGAUGGUAGUAGUUUGGAUGAAGAUGCAUCCGAUGUUAUUGGUUCGGAAUCCGAGGAAGAAAGUGACGAAUCAGCGCCAGAUUGGGAUGAACAUGAAGAAAAGGCUCGCAGAGCUGACGAACGUAAACACGGAAUAAAAAAUGGUGAAGACUCCGAUGACGACCGCAAAAAGAAUAAAAAGUUUCGUCGUUAA